UUGUCUUGAUUACCAAGAUAACAAAUUGUAAUAUAGACUCUGGAUUUGUUUUUAACUUUGUCGGAGCACAUACAACGCCUUCACUUCAUAUCGCUUCACUUCAUUCAUUAUCCACUCUCAAUUGAAAAAUGACUCGUCCUAAUAACGUGAUGAGCCUGUUGGAGCAGCAGCUGUUCUGGAAAACACUCUUUGAAGAGAAGAAAUUUGCCUCGCAAUUACCUUCGCUAGCAGCAAAUCACGUUGAUGGCGUCACUUACGACGAUUUACCACAAUAUGGCAAAGUGCAAAUCGUUGUUCAGGCAGCAUCUAGUCUAGGCGAUAACUUUAUGAGCGACACCUUCACCAUGACGGCUAAAUUGACGCGAUGCGACACGAUCGAAACCUUGCAAGCAUUCACAAAGGUGCUUCCAUCAAAUCUGAUGCUUCGCCUUGCAGCUUACGAAUCCCGAACUCAUCACCACGAGAUGCACAUGUACCUCCAUUUCUUCAAUCUCUUGCGAGAAAUGCACGCUGGACAACAGAUCCCAUUAGAUAUUCCGGCCAUCUACUACGUUAACAUUGAAGAAAUCAUCCCUGGCGAGACGGACGGAUCGGGUACUUGUAUCGUCCUCGAGGAUCUUUCAACGCAGGGCUAUUGCAUGUCGGAUAAAUUUGGCGGUGCUGAUUAUCGACACUGUCACUUGGCUCUCACUUCACUUGCUCAUUACCAUGCCUUGACAAUGAGUGCCGUGAGAAAAUGGAAGGAUCCAUCGACAGACGAGUUAUCCAACUUACCAGAAUCAGUCAAGUUUCUUGUGAAGGAGAAAACAGUCUAUGAAGUCAGCGCCGUCCAAAUUGCCAGAGAUUUUUCCAAGAAGAUGAUUGAGUUCGCGCAAGAUGUCAAGCGGCCUGAUCUUGCAGAAUGGCUUACACAACUGAUUGAUGAACGUUUGCCCGAGGUUAUUCUUGUCGACACGGUAAAAAGUUGCGGUCCAAUGGCUUGCAUUCUCCAUGGCGAUUUUUGGAACAACAAUAUGCUCUUCAAAUACGCGGACGUUGAGGGAAAUGAGACCGAAUCGACCGCUUCUUCUUCCAUUCCAGUGUCCUUGAAGCUGAUUGACUUUCAAAUGUCAAGGAUCGGCCAUCCGCUCACCGACAUCCUUUACUUUAUGAACGCUAGUGCCAAGCCGGAAGUCAGAGAGCGGCGCAUGAUAAGAUUGUUACGCCACUACUAUGACACGUUGACUGCUGAUUUGCGACUUCUCGGCAUUCCUCUCGAUAAUUGCUCUUUGCAAGACUUCCUGAGCGAGUACAAGAGAAGGUCGUUGAUGGGUUUGUUCUUUGGCGGCCUGAUCAUGUCGAUGGGACUAGCCAAAGCUGUCGUCUCUACGAUGCAACAGUUGGACGAAGAGGAGCAACUGAAAGAACCAGUCAACCGCACAAGUAAACAAGUUGUGAAAACUGAUUCAGAAGAUUUCAGCGGGAAGAGUGCAUCGUUUGAAGAGACUAUCAAGAACAUGAUGGCCUCACACAAGUUGAGCGAAAAUCCAAUCCUAACCGACCGCCUCCUUAGACUCAUCAUCCAAGUUCACACCUUGAACACCUCGUCAUAAAUAAGAGAUAACUAUCAGUCAUUUACUUUAAGGUGUUUGCUAGCCUUGGCCGGUUGUAACCAGUAUCAUACCCCACCUAAUUUGUUAUCAUUCUUUAUUGAUAAGGACCAGGAUGCGUUAUAUAAUGUAGUGUCCUAAUUCGUGAAGUUUUUUUAAGCCUGAACGAAUUGUAUAGAUUUUGCAUUGAUUCUGUAUGGUGGAAUUUCUGUGUAACUAUAUAUUAGUUCAAUUAUAUGUCCCGAUCGAUAACAACUACUUGAAAAUGAAAUAUGAUGAAGGAAUUUACGCUACUGUUCUGUUCUUUGAUGAAUAUUCUAUACUGACUAGUAGGGCGAUAUUUACAGAAAACGAUCACAUGCGUGAUAAGAGUGAUUGAUUACUGGAUCACGAUAACAAUUGAAAUAACAAAAAUAAACAGACGGACAUGUAGAACUGACGGUUUAUUUUAGAAUUAAGAGUGAAAACAGAAGCAACAGCCCCGUGAUGAAGUCGAUUGUUACCGGCAUCAUCUGAGUGGUGACGACUGUUGAUGCCUGCUUUAUUCCGCGCACCCUUAUGUAACCUGCAAAGCUUGAAACAUUUAUAAUACAAACCUCACUUGAUAAUUUAUGCAUAUUUUCCGCAAGUAAGGAUAAUUCCUUAACUUUGAGCUGCCAUAGAUUUUCCGGUCAAUCAAGUUUACCCCAAAUUUGAUGAAGAUCUCGAUUACUAAGUUCUGUUUUACGUCGUAUCUCAUUGAACUAAAAAUCUAUGACAAACGUGAAUUAGAUCGUGAAUAAACGGUGAAGUUACUUAA